AUGUACCUGCCAGAAUCCAAUCCAUCAUCAAUACAUUCAAAAACAAAUCAUUCAAACUUUCAACGGAACAAAUCAUCAACUUCAAGCUCCAAUGACCUUUAUUCGAUAUCAUCCAACUUGACCGAUUAUCAAAUCCAAACUCAAAUUGAACUUGAUACACUUCAUGAACAACUUCAAUUCUACCUGGUACCACACCACCUAUCUGAACUGAAAUCAGAUCCAACUAAAUCAGUUAGAUGGCGUAGACCUGUACUUGUACUUAUGAAUGUUCAAUCAGGUUUAGAUCAAGUCAAUAUCAGUCCAUCAUAUUGCAAAACCAUUGAGGCUACGUUCACAUUCCCACAAUCAGUAGGAAUAGCAGGAGGAAGACCAUCACAAUCGCUCUUUCUGUGGAUUUCAAUCUGA